GACUGAUCUUCACCACAACAAUGUGUGGCAUCUUCUGUCUGUUGAAUCUGUCGCCUGCUCACUUUAAGUGGGACAAAACCAUUUAUGAACAUUUGAAGAGAAGAGGACCCAACUCGAGCCAAGAUGUGACAGUGACAGGAAGAAACCCCUGCUAUCAGUGUUUGUUCUCUGCCCACGUUCUGCACAUGAGAGGUCUUUUUACCCCUCAGCCGGUUCAAGACAACGCUGGAAACUUGCUGGUGUGGAAUGGGGAGAUUUUUGGAGGUCUGCCAGUGAUGCCAGCGGAGAACGACACUGCUGUUGUCUCUCAGUUGCUGUCGUCCUGCAGCAGCCCCUCAGAGAUUCUGACUGUCCUGUCCAGAGUACGGGGGCCAUGGGGGUUUGUUUACUACCAAAAGGCUGGAGAGUACCUCUGGUUCGGCAGAGACUUCUUUGGCAGGCGGAGUUUGCUGUGGAAAUUUGAUGCAGAGGUCUUGACCCUGACCUCUGUGGCAGCUCACACUUCUGAGAGUGAUCAGUUUGCUUGGAAAGAAGUCCCAGCUGUUGGUGUGUACAGGAUUGACCUGAAAGCAGUUGCAGAAGCCGGCACUGUGACGUUUGAGGUUUUUCCUUGGGCUUAUGCUGGAAAUGAUGACAUUUUUACUUGCAGUAAAACUGUAUUGGAGUCUGUUCCCAGUGGGUGCACUACUGUGAUGAACCAGUCAGGACUGGUACUCACCUCACCUGUGUGCCCUCUUAAUAUGUCCAUCCCAUUAAAUGAGACAGAAACACAUCCAAACUCCCAUUCAUCUGUCAAAGAUCUGGAGCGGCUGCUCGCAAGCAAAGAGAAAGGUGAUGAGGUGAACUGUCUCAUUGAUGUUCUGAGUGAAGCAGUAAGGCGACGUGUCCAGUCUCUGCCUUUUGACGAACAAGACACUUCACCUGAUAAUGACCAUGCUAGUGUUGCUAUACUUUUCUCGGGAGGUAUUGAUUCUAUGAUUCUGGCUGCCCUGGCUGACCGUCACAUACCUGCUCAUCAGCCAAUAGACCUUCUCAAUGUCGCGUUUAAACUACAGGAGCCAAAGAAGCAGAAAGAGUCUACAAAGAAAAAGAACAAAAAUAAAGCGACAGAUUCUGAGGCUGAUGGAGCUCGUUCCCCAACAUCCAGCCCCUUUGAUGUUCCAGACAGAAUUACUGGAAAAGCAGGUCUCAGGGAAUUACAAGACUUGAAUCCUGAGAGAAGAUGGAAUUUUGUUGAAAUCAAUGUGACGCAGGAGGAGCUGCACAAAAUGCGUCAGGGGCGCAUUUGUCAUUUGGUGCAUCCACUGGAUACAGUGCUCGAUGACAGCAUUGGAUGUGCAGUGUGGUUUGCAGCACGAGGUACGGGGUUCAUCAUGGAGGACAAUGACCAGAGGCCUUUCACAUCACCAGCAAAGGUGAUUUUGACAGGAAUUGGAGCAGAUGAGCAGCUGGCAGGUUACUCCAGACACAGAGUCCGAUUUAAGACAUCUGGACAUGAGGGACUGAUCCAGGAACUAGCCAUGGAGCUGGGCAGGAUCUCCUCCAGGAAUUUGGGCAGAGAUGACAGAGUGAUAGGAGACCACGGGAAGGAGGCUAGGUUUCCCUACUUGGACGAGGACGUGGUGAGCUACCUGAAUUCUCUGCCCAUGUGGGAGAAGGCAGAUCUGUCACUUCCUCGUGGUGUCGGGGAGAAACUCCUCCUGAGACUGGCGGCCAAACAGCUCGGCCUCGGCCCAUCAGCAGUCCUGCCUAAGAGAGCCAUGCAGUUUGGCUCCCGCAUCGCAAAGAUGGAGAACAGCCACGAAAAGGCCUCUGACAAAUGCACAAGACUCCUCACCGGGUAGAGAAAUCAUCGGUGGUA